AUGGGUGUUAUCACUUAUGAAAGGGAGGUUAAUACCACAAUCCCUCCAGCCAAGAUGUUCAAGGCCCUUGCCAUUGAUGGUAACGACAUAGUUGCUAAGGUCUUCCCACAAGCUAUUAAGAACAUUGUCAAUCUUGAUGGAGAUGGAGGGCCUGGAACCAUCAAGCAGAUUAACUUUGAUGAGGACAAGGAGAAUUUCACAUAUGCCUACAGCAUGGUUGAAGGUGAUGCAUUGACAAACAAAUUUCAUAUGAGGUUAAAUUUAAGUCCUCCCCUGAAGGAGGAUGGAUCCAUCUGCAGGAGCAGCACCAAGUACUACACGAUUGAGGACAAUGAGAUAAAUAAAGUAGAAAUUAAAUCUGACAAAGAAAGGUCCAUGGGAGUAUUCAAGGCCAUUGAAACCUACCUCUUGGCAAAUCCAGAUGCUUAA